AUGGAAAACCAAGAAGCAUCUACAGAGAACUCGACCGGUAUUCCAUGGGACUGUGUUCUUGUUAAAGAGGUUCCUGUCGGCGUAGCAGCCAUAGCCUUUUUGUUGUCUUUCCUCACCGUCUUUGGAAACUCUUUGGUUGUGAUCGCAAUCGUAAAGGACCCGUUCAGUGAGCUGAGGACUAUUCCAAACUACCUCAUCUUGAAUCUGGCGGUAUGUGACCUAAUCGUAGGUAUUCCAAGCGAGCUGUUGCUGGGUUUAUCUCACUUUUAUGAAUCAUAUGAUUUGUACUAUGUGGCCUACACUUCGCUGUAUACGUCCAUGGUAGCAUCAGCCUUGACUAUACUAACACUUGCAUUUGAGCGAUACAUCAUGGUCGAAGCGCCACUUAAAAGCCACGAAUACCUGAUUCACUCACACUUAAGACUGGUCAUUGUCUACAUAUGGCUGAUUUCCCUGUGCGUGGCACUGCUUUCUUUUCUGAAUAAAUGCAACCAGGUAGAAUACAGGCUCAUAAUCACCGACGCAAUCGGAUUUCCAGUCAUGGCCCUCAUGUUUCUUAUAUACUCACGGAUAUUUUUCUUGGUGCGGAGAUGGAUUCGGCAAGAUCUCGAUUUUUCUAUUUCAGAGAGUCAAAGAUUGUUAGGCAGUGAGAAUCUUUCCGAAAACAUUCGUGCGCGUGAAAGGCACAUCGCUUUUUCAGUGUUCCUGUUUGUUGGUGUUUUUGCCCUCUGUUGGACACCAUGUUUUGUUAUGGAAAAUGUAUUUUACAAAUAUAAGAGAUCUUCGUCUCUGGCAACUGCCGCAGACUGGGUUAGGGUUUCGGGACUGUUGAGUUCAUUAUUGAAUCCCUUAAUUUACGCAUUAAGAUACGAAAAGUUUAGAAAGGCGAUUCGCCACAUUUUUGUAUCAUAUUGGUUUUAUCGGACUUACCACUUUCGUUUUCCUUAA